GCCACGUCAGCCGACAGUAGUGCCAUGUCAGGAGGCCCCCAGCCAGGUCUAUGCUCUUGCGCUCGCAAACAGUCGUCAUGGACCAGAAGUCCACGGAAACGGACGAGGCCUAUCAGGCCAGGAUGCUGCUUCUGAUUACCGAAGCCAAGCAACAAUCGGAUGCAGUAGCAGCCGCAGCAAAGAAGAAGGCAGAGGAUGCCGAGAAGGCACGUCUGUUGGCGAUUGAACAACAACACCAGCAAGACGAGGCAGCAACAAAGGUUGCCGAUGAAGAACGACUUCAACGACGCGAGAAGAUAUUCAGCGGAGAGCGAGCUUUGCUCACAAUGGAAGUGGACUGGCGGGCCGAGGACGAUAAUGGGAAGUUGGAAGAGAGUGGAAACAAGAUCGCUCUACUCCUCUCCCAUCUCACGGACCUCCUGGCCACGUGCAUUGCACAGCCGGAGGACAUUCACCACCUCAACAACGCGGUUCAUACGCACAAUCAGGUGUUUGACCAACUCACCAGCCGCCUCCAGCAGUUGGAACAAACCGUUGCCGCCCUCAUUGCCAGCUCUUCCAACACCUUCGAUCGCCUCGAGGCAUUGGAGAUUGACAUUGGAUCCCUCAAGGACGGUGUGCAAUUACAGCAAAACGCCACGCAACAGUUCGAGCAGCGGAUCUGUACUGCCGCCACUUACUCGAGAUCGAAAUCGCGCGAGACAACUCCAAAGUUCGAUGAUCAGGAGAUCUUCUGUGAUUCGACGAAGACGGACCCGAUUCCGUGGUUCCACAAGUUCGAACUCAAGUUGCAGCUACACUACGUCAGCGAGCACAAGCAUCACGUGUACUUACACUCCCGCUCGGGGGGCGCGUGCCAAGCAUGGUUGGACAAUCUCCUGUCCAAGUACGGAGUGGUGGCUGUCGACUUGCACACCAAGAUCAGCAGGGAUGAUCUAAAGGCGGCGUGGCAUAAGCGGUUCCAAGUAGAGUUGUCGGAGAUCAAGGCAAUGGACAAGUUGAUGACCUUCGAACAAGGCACGCUGCCGAGUGUUGACUGGAUUGCCGAGUACCAACGCUUGACAUCCCUCCCAGACAUUCAAAUGGGCUUCAAGGACGUCAAACACUACUUCAUCUCGAGGUCGUGUCCGGCGUUGGGCAACGCCUUGACUCACGUUGAGGACACCCUGACGACAACGGCAGAGCUCUUCGACAAGGUCGCGCAGAUCAUUGUCACGAACAAGGAGGCCAAAAACCUGCACCGGUCGUCUGCGACAGGCCUGACCAGAGAUCAGCAUCGACCGAAAGUGGCCGUGGUCGUGGUGGCAACGCCAACCGACCAAACUGGCGAGGCCUUGUCUGCCAAUGAAGGGGACAGACUUGCAGCGGCCCGGGAUGGUGGCCCCCCAGGCAAAGGCCGAGGACGUGACGUUCGACAUUUUGGACAUGGACUUCGACGUUAUUUUGGGAAUGCCUUGGCUUGCAAGUGCGGAUCACAAGGUCAACUUCAACCGGCGGACUCUUACCGUCCGCGACGCUUUCGGCACCGAAGUGUCGUGCACUAUUCCUCUUCCGCACCCUUCGAUCCGAUGCCAAGUGGUGACGGCCAAGUCGUUCCGGGCUACUUGCGCUUACACAACGAGAUAGGCCUAUGCUUCCUACGGACCGUCACGGUAGCUGACUCUUCACCCACGAACUUGUCUUCGAACCCCCGUGUGGUGCGGUUGCUUGAAGAGUUCACCGACAUCUUCGAGUCACCUACCGGUGUGGUGCCGGAUCGGCCGAUCUCUCACGAGAUCAUUCUUGAGGUUGGUGCCGUGCCGCCGAAAGGAUGCAUUUAUCACAUGAGCGAGGAGGAGCUUAAGGUCCUCCGCGCGCAACUCGAUGACUUGUUGGACAAGGGCUGGAUCCGCCCUAGUAGCUCUCCAUACAGAGCGCCAGUUCUCUUCGUACGGAAGAAGAACAAGGAUCUACAAUUGUGCAUCGACUACCACAAACUCAACGCGCAAACCGUCAAGAACGCGGGGCCUCUUCCUCAUAUCGACGAUCUUCUUGAGCGUUUGGGUGGCACAAAGUAAUUUUCUAAAGUUGGAUUUGAAGUCGGGAUAUUAUCAGAUUUCGAUCCAGCCGGACGAU